AUGGUGGCACCGGGGCUUCCGCGCGGAACGGAGACUCUAAGCGGCGCAGUAAGAGCAGCCUGCCGUCUCCCGGUUACCGUCUCCGCCGGACCCGAGACCACCACCACCACCACGGCGGCCGGGACACCGGAGACCGGACCGGGGCUAGACGGCGAGGAUUACAGCUAUUCAAACCAGUCCACCUUCAUCCAGAGGCAGUUCGGAGCCAUGCUGCAGCCCGGCGUCAACAAGUUCUCGCUCCGCAUGUUGGGCAGCCACAAGGCCGUGGCUCUGGAGCAGGAGAGACUCAGAUCAGCUGGAGCCUGGAUCAUACACCCCUACAGCGACUUCAGGUUUUGCUGGGAUCUCCUCAUGCUGCUGCUGAUGGUGGGAAACCUCAUCAUCCUCCCGGUGGGAAUCACCUUCUUCAAGGACGAGAACACUCCUCCGUGGAUCAUCUUUAAUGUGGUGUCGGACACGCUCUUCCUGGUGGAUCUGGUGCUGAACUUCCGCACUGGGAUCGUGAAAGAGGACAGUACGGAGAUCCUGCUGGACCCCAAGGCCAUCCGCCAGCGCUACCUGAAGAGCUGGUUCCUCGUGGACUUCGUGUCCUCGAUCCCGGUGGAUUACAUCUUCCUGAUGGUGGACCUGGAAGCUCACCUGGACUCAGAGAUCUUCCACAUGACCUAUGACCUGGCCAGCGCGAUGGUGCGGAUCGUCAAUCUGAUCGGCAUGAUGCUGCUGCUGUGUCACUGGGAUGGAUGUCUGCAGUUCCUGGUGCCGAUGCUGCAGGACUUCCCACCCGACUGCUGGGUCUCCAAAAACAACAUGGUGAACGACACGUGGGGCAUCCAAUACACAUAUGCACUGUUUAAGGCCAUGAGUCACAUGCUGUGCAUCGGUUACGGCGCUCAGGCUCCAGAGGGAAUGACGGACGUCUGGCUCACGAUGCUCAGCAUGAUCGUGGGCGCGACCUGCUACGCCAUGUUCAUCGGCCACGCCACGGCCCUCAUCCAGUCCCUGGACUCCUCACGCCGACAGUACCAGGAGAAGUAUAAGCAGGUGGAGCAGUACAUGUCGUUCCAUAAGCUUCCAGCAGAUGUCAGGCAGAAGAUCCACGAGUAUUAUGAACAUCGAUACCAGGGCAAGAUGUUUGACGAGGACAACAUUCUGGGAGAGCUAAGCGAGCCCUUAAAGGAGGAAAUUGUUAGCUUCAACUGCCGAUGCUUGGUGGCUAACAUGCCUCUCUUCGCUAACGCCGACCCAAACUUCGUAACGGCAGUGCUAACGAAGCUGAAGUUUGAGGUGUUCCAGCCCAAUGACUUCAUCAUUCGCGAGGGAACUGUCGGUCGUAAAAUGUAUUUCAUCCAGCACGGACGGGUCAGCGUACUAACUCGUGGCAACAAGGAGACCAAGCUCAGCGAUGGGUCAUACUUUGGAGAGAUCUGUCUGUUGACGCACGGCAGGAGGACAGCAAGUGUCCGAGCAGAUACAUACUGUAGACUUUACUCCCUCAGUGUGGACAGUUUCAAUGAGGUUCUGGAAGAGCAUCCCAUGAUGAGACGGGCCUUCGAGACGGUGGCAGCGGACAGACUCGAUCGCAUCGGUAAGAAGAACUCGAUUUUGUUGCGCAAGACCUCACAGGGAGGAUCUGUAGCGGGCAGCAGUUUGGGACGGGGUGGAGGGAGCCGCGGAGGAGGAGCAGGAGGCGCCGGUCUGGGUUCUUCACGAUAG